AUGGUCUUUAUCCUCCCGCUCUACCUUUGGCUCGGCAUCAUGUUUCUCCAGCCGCACAAGGAAGAACGCUUCUUGUACCCCGUGUACCCGUACUUGUGCUUGGCGGCCGGCUGGACGCUCACGACCAUCUUCCGCCUCGCUCGUCGCGUCGCACGCCCGAUCGCGCCCGUGCUCGUGACGCUGGCGGUGAGUGCGUACGUGGCUCUCUCGACGAUGCGGGUUAUCAGCAUCACGACGCAGUACGGCGCGCCGCUCAAGGUCUACCAGUUCCUCCACGACCACAUUGAAGCAAGUACAAAUGCCUCGACGCCGCUCCGCGUCUGCGUCGGGAAGGAGUGGCACCGGUUUCCGUCGCACUUUUUCUUGCCCAACCACGCGCGCAUGGCGUUCCUCCGCAGCGGCUUCCGCGGGCAGCUCCCAGCCCACUUUGUAUCGACGUUUCAAGUGCCCGACCACAUGAACGACCUCAACUUGGAAGAGGUGUCGCGCUAUGUGGACUUGGCGACCUUUGGCCGCGAACCCGGGCGUGGACCCCGGUGUACGCGGAACCGUUUCUUGCUCGCCGAGGCGUCCGACCGGAUCGCGCGUGCGUUCUAA